CAACUCCAACUCCUCGCAGGGGAACGCUUCAUCUCAGCUCCUCGGAAUGCGUGGCCAGGAGGUUGCCGCUCGGCGCCACCGCAGCGGCUCUCGAACCGGCCGCCCUGAACUCCCUCUUCCCGUCGCUUCGGCAGCCUGGGUCCGGGGGACCGCAGGCCGGGCCCGGCGUGACCCUUGGUGAACCGCGGCCGCUGCUUCCCACCCCUCCCCUCCAGUCCUCCCUUCCCGUUUCACCCCGCCCCCUUCCCCCUCCCCGAGCCUGACAGCCCGCGAGCUGCCAAGCAGGGCGCAGCCAUGGGAAGAGGAGGCGGUCUAGGGAGCGGCGGCGGCGGCGGUGGCAGCGGCGGCUGCUGCAGCGGCGGUGGCGGCGGCUGCUGCUGAGCCGAAGCGGCGGCGGGGACCCCGGAGGCCCCGCGCCCUCGGCCACAGCGCGGGUGCGAACCCGCGCUCUCUCUCCGGCGGCGAGGCUCGGAGCCUGAUUAGCGGUAACGAGGAGAGCUAUUUCGUUAUUGUCAAGAAGGUACAAUAAUAAAAAUGAGGCCAGUAGAGGCCCUGGUGGAGAUCCCAGUGUGAUGAUCAGGUCCCACAGGUAUGGAUCUCUGGCAGCUGCUGUUGACCUUGGCAGUGGCAGGCUCAAGUGAUGCUUUUUCUGGGAGUGAAGCCAUACCAGCUACCCUUGGCAGAGCAUCCCAGAGUCUGCAAAGAGUUAAUCCAGGCCUACGGACAAAUUCUUCUGGGAAGCCUAAAUUCACCAAGUGCCGUUCACCUGAACUAGAGACUUUUUCAUGCCACUGGACAGAUGGAGUUCGUCACGGUUUAAAGAGCCCAGGAUCCGUACAGCUGUUCUAUAUUAGAAGGAGCACUCAAGAAUGGACUCAAGAAUGGAAAGAAUGCCCUGAUUAUGUCUCUGCUGGAGAAAACAGCUGUUACUUUAAUUCAUCUUAUACCUCCAUUUGGAUACCCUACUGUAUCAAGCUAACUAGCAAUGGUGGUACUGUGGAUCAAAAGUGUUUCUCUGUUGAGGAAAUAGUGCAACCAGAUCCACCCAUUGGCCUCAACUGGACUUUACUGAACAUCAGUUUAACCGGGAUUCAUGCAGAUAUCCAAGUGAGGUGGGAACCACCACCCAAUGCAGAUGUUCAGAAGGGGUGGAUAGUCCUGGAGUAUGAACUGCAAUACAAAGAAGUGAAUGAGACCCAAUGGAAAAUGAUGGACCCAGUAUUGUCAACAUCGGUUCCGGUGUACUCGUUGAGACUGGAUAAAGAAUAUGAAGUGCGUGUGAGAUCCAGACAACGAAACUCUGAAAAAUAUGGCGAGUUCAGUGAGGUGCUGUAUGUAACACUUCCUCAGAUGAGCCCAUUGGCAUGUGAAGAAGAUUUCCAGUUUCCAUGGUUCUUAAUUAUUAUCCUUGGAAUAUUUGGGCUAACAGUGAUAUUAUUUUUAUUCAUAUUUUCUAAACAGCAAAGGAUUAAGAUGCUGAUUCUGCCCCCAGUUCCAGUUCCAAAGAUUAAAGGAAUUGAUCCAGAUCUCCUUAAGGAAGGAAAAUUAGAAGAGGUGAACACAAUCUUAGCCGUUCAUGACAACUAUAAACCUGAAUUUUACAAUGAUGACUCUUGGGUUGAAUUCAUUGAGCUAGAUAUUGAUGACCCUGAUGAAAAGACUGAAGGAUCAGACACAGACAGACUUCUAAGCAAUGACCAUCAGAAAUCACUUAAUAUCCUUGGGGCAAAGGAUGACGACUCUGGACGUACCAGCUGUUAUGAACCUGACAUUCUGGAGACUGAUUUCAAUGCCAGCGACAUGUGUGAUGGUACCUCAGAGGUUGCUCAGCCACAAAGGUUAAAAGGGGAAGCAGAUCUUUUGUGCCUUGACCAGAAAAAUCAAAAGGACUCAUCUUCUAGUAAUGCUACCCCUGCUACUCAGCAGCCCAGUGUUAUCCUAGCAGAGGAAAACAAACCAAGACCACUUCUUAUUGGUGGAACUGAGUCAACUCAUCAAGCUGCCCAUACUCAACUAAGCAAUCCAAGUUCACUAGCAAACAUCGACUUUUAUGCCCAGGUAAGCGACAUUACGCCAGCAGGGAGUGUGGUCCUUUCCCCGGGCCAAAAAAACAAGACAGGGAUAUCCCAAUGUGACAUGCAUCCCGAAGUGGUCUCACUCUGCCAAGCCAACUUCAUCAUGGACAAUGCCUACUUCUGUGAGGCAGAUGCCAAAAAGUGCAUCCCCGUGGCCCCUCACGUCGAGGUUGAAUCACGUGUCGAGCCAAGCUUUAACCAGGAAGACAUUUACAUCACCACAGAAAGCCUUACCACUACUGCUGGGAGGUCUGGGACAGCAGAACGUGCUUCAAGCUCUGAGAUGCCUGUCCCAGACUAUACUUCCAUUCAUAUAGUACAGUCUCCACAGGGCCUCGUACUCAAUGCUACCGCCUUGCCCUUGCCUGACAAAGAGUUUCUUUCAUCAUGUGGCUACGUGAGCACAGACCAACUGAACAAAAUCAUGCCGUAGCCUUUCUUUGAUUUCCCAUGAGCUACGUAUUUAAUGGCAAAGAGUUGGCUGGGGCAUGAAUGCUUAAACCAAAACAAUGUUUAAACCCUUUGUUAAGGGGGUGGGAGUGUGGAUUCUAAAUGCCUUUUCCUGAAAUAUUGAAAGAAGAUAUUAAAAAAAAAUAAGAACGCUUAAUCAGAUAGUUAUUCCUGUUGUGAACUGUAAAUAUUUUAAAGAAUUGUCUCACAGACUGUUUAGUGGCAGUGAUUGUCUUGUUAUUGUGGGUGUUGAUUUUGUGAAACUUAGCAUUGAAUGGCUACGUUUUUAAUGUAUAGUAAAUCAUGCUUUUUGAAAAAGCGAAAAAUCAGGUGGCUUUUAGCAGUUCAGGAAAAUUGAAUGCAAAUCAUAGCACAGGCUAAUUUUUUUUAAAUUGGGAACUAAAAUUAUAGGUAAGAAGACAAAAAAUAGUUUGGAUAUGUAAACAUUUAUUUUGGCAUAAAUUGAUAAAGAUAUUUUUACUAAUUUACACUUCAAGCAUGGCUAUUUUCUAUGACACUACACACUGUACUGUAGUUCGUGUGGACCCAUCCAAAGAAUGUAGCAACUACAGUCUAACGCUGGUUUGAUGCCUUGGUCAAUGCACCUAAAGCAAAACAAAUGAACAAGUUAGUUUUUUACAAGCCCCUUUUUAUACCUCCCAAAACUCCUUAAACAAUUCUGAAAUGAUUGUAGUUACCUGCAUUAUUGGGACAUGCUCGUUUUAUCUGAAUUUUUACAGAAAGAUUUGUUAAUUUAGAAAACUUUAAAAUGUUUGCACACGUCAGCUUAUCAUGAACCAAAAACCAAACAACCAAACAAAAAACCCCUUCUUACCCACAUUUUGGUUCAUGUCAGAGAGCUACAAACUAAGAGAAGUAGAAAUUAUAGCUGGUCCCUGUUGACCAGGAUGCCUGGGUGGUGCAGUCGCACAUGAAGUGAGUUGUUUGUCAUGAUCUGAGUGCAUGCAGAUCAUGAGAAAGAAGCCCUGGAAACUCUGCAGCAGUAUCUUCAAACACAACUUGGUUUUCUUUCAUAGUUCUAAGAAGGGAAUAAGGUACAAGAAGCACUUUGUAAGUUGAAGCAGGUCGAAGUGAAGUUAACCAGAUAAUGAAAUAAAAAGUUCAAGAAAUAGGUUUUUUGUUUCGCAGCCUAUAGCCAGACACAACCUCAUUAUUCAUGAUAAUGAGAAACAGAAGGAACAAGAUUUUAAAUCCCCACAGAUAACUCAAAAUUUACUUAAACCAAUAGCAGAAACGUUUUUUCCUCACCAAGCCUUUUAUAAAAUUUAUUUAAAGUCGUAGAAGAAGUUUCAUCAUUUUUUUAUUUCUCCUCGCAGUGAAUUGGCCUCAAAGCAGAAGAAGAGGCCUGAGUAAUUUAUAAAUUACUGUUCAAUCCCUUAAUGAUGUAAGCAGUGGAAUUGCUCCUCAAAAGACUUGUCAAAAAGAGAAGAAUCUCAUCUCAUUGAAGAAUGCCUCUCACUUUAAGUAUUUUUUAAGAGGUUAAUAAAACUUUAAAGUUAGCUUUAACUUAAAUAGUAUUUGCCAUUUAGCUCAGACCUUUUUAGGAAACAAGCUUAAUGGUUGGUAAUUUCAAAUUCCCUCUUUCUUGCAGGAAGGACAGUGAAAAGCUAGAAUUGGGUGUUGAAAGUUCAACAUGUUACUUUGUAAUAGAUGUUUAGUAGAUUUUAUGCUACCUUGCUGCUAUGGUUUUCUCUAAGAGCUACAUAAUUUAGUUUCAUAUACAAUUUCAUCAAUGUAGAACCUAAUUCAACUUAAAACUGUGUGUUUGGGAAAACUCUCUUACUAUUUCACAAUAGGCUGACAACAUUUCUAUAGCCAAAAAUAGCUAAAUACCUCAAUCAGUCUCCGAAUGUCAUUUUGGUACUUUGCUGGCCACACAAGCCAUUAUUCACUAGUAUGACUAGUUGUGUCCUGCAGUUUAUAUUUAACUUUCUUUAUGUCUGUGGAUUUUUUUCCUUCAAAGUUUAAUAAAUUUAUUUUCUUGGA